CGGCGGCGGUGGGUAUGGAUACGACGGUGGAUACGGUGACUAUCAAGGCGGCGGCGGCGGCGGCAGCAUGGGCCCUCCCGGUGGUGACGGUCUGAGCAUGGAGUACUACUCCAUGACGUGCCCGUACGCCGGCGAGAUCGUGCGCGACGUGGUGGGCGGCGCGCUUGCCAAGGACCCGAGCCUCGCCGCGUCCCUGCUCCGGCUCCACUUCCAUGACUGCUUCGUCCGCGGCUGCGACGCCUCCGUGCUCCUCGACUCCACCAAGGCACAUGGCACCGCCGAGAAGGACGCGCUCACCAACAAGUCAUUGCGCGGCUUCGAGGUCAUCGACGCCGUCAAGGCCGCCCUGGAGGCGCAGUGCCCCGGCACCGUCUCCUGCGCCGACGUGCUGGCCCUCGCCGCCCGGGACUCCGUCUACAUGGCCGGCGGGCCCUACUACGACGUGCCCACGGGCCGCAAGGACGGCUCCCUCUCCCGCGCCGCUGACACCUCCGCGCUCCCCGCCGCCACGCUCAAGGCGUCCGAGCUGGUGAAGGUGUUCGUCGGCGACCACGGCUUCACGGUGCCGGAGCUCGUCGCGCUCUCCGGCGGCCACACGCUUGGGCAGGCCCACUGCGCCAACUUCAAGAACCGGCUCAGCGGCUUGGGCAACGGGGUGGAUCCCACGCUGGACGCCGGGAUGGCGGCGUCGCUGGCCAAGACCUGCAAGGCCGGCGGCGACGGCGGCACGGCCAAGCUCGACGCCACCAGCAACGCCUUCGACACCGAGUACUUCAAGGGCUUGCAGGCCAGGAGGGGUCUGCUCACGUCCGACCAGACGCUGCUCAACGGGUCGCCGGAGACGGCCAUGUAUGUGAACCAGUUCGCGGACAGCCCGGACGCCUUCUUCGACGCGUUCGUGCAGGGCAUGGGCAGGAUGGGUCAGCUGGAUCUCAACCCCGACGGCAACGUGAGGAUCAGCUGCAGGGUGCUCAACUAGCUACUCUAGUUCAUCUCCUCGCUAGCAGCUACCCUAUACCAUACUACCAUACGCAACAUAUCGACACAAAGAUGCCAGUAAUAAUAAGCCUACAUAUAUACUCCACGUUUGCAUGGAUACUACUCCAUGGCAUAAAUGAACGUGCUAGGUAGGUGCAACUAGUAGUACACUAUGUAUGAUGGAUAUAUAAUGUACACGCACUUGAUCUUCCGUAUGCCAAGCAUGAUCAUGAAAUGGGCUUGUCAAUUAAAUUAAAAGCU